AUUUAAUUUUAUUUAGCGUUAUGUUUUUAUUUUUUACCGGAAGUGGUUACGGCAACUUCCUUAGCAACACAAAUCCCUAACAACUGCAUGUGUAUAGCAUGUUUAGCUAGCCCCUGCGAGCUACUCAAGCUUUACUUCUUUAUGACGUUAAAUUAUAGUAACUGCUUGGAAAAACGACCGAAAAACAAUUCAACCUAAUCACGAAGGUUAUUGAAUAAUUGCUAAAUAGCUAGUUGAGGUCGGGUUGUUGUUCGCGCCAUGUUUGUGUGACGACAUGAAUUAUCGACAGUGGUGCCGUAUACAUUUAUAUGUGUGUUUCUUGUUUGGGAGUUUUGCACAAACCGUUACCGAAACGGGGACUACGCCGACCACCACUUCUAACUCAACAAGUCUGGAACCUGUCGGCCCAACGACCCCUUCUCCGGGGGUCACUGAUGGGGUGAACUCCACUAGUUCCCCCACUGAGAGAAUCGAGGCCGUAUCAGACUCCACUGGAACCGUUGAAAGACCUCUAACAGACAACGGCCUGACUUUCACUCCAGCUGGUCGAUCACCGACGGUAAUCCCAGCAUGCAUCUGUGAUCUCACGCCUGAUUUCUGCGAUAUUGGCUGCUGUUGUGACAUGGUGGACUGUGGCAUUGAUAACCUGACUACCAUCUUCAGCGGCUGUCCACAGAAAGCCAUAUCCGGAGACUGCAUUGAGAAAUGGAUGAUGUUCCACACCAAUGUGGAUUUAUCGUCUGUCACUGUGACUGAUUCCUUGUUUUGUGUUAUUUCUGGAGAUGACACAUUUAAAGUCUCUGUUUCUCCACCUCAGUCUCCAGCUUUAGGGGACUCUUAUCAUUUCUCACCCCCAAAACCAACAGGCGUCGGCCACAGCAGACCUUUUUAUCUGGCCGAUGACGUCAUCCAGACAUUCUUCCCCACGUCAUCUGUGCGAGGCCUCCUUCGGCAGCCGUCUCCGGGGGCGACCACCGCAAUGUGUCUUAAUCGCAACCCUGCGCGGUUUCUGAGGUCACAGUCUCUGUCUUGUACUCGCAUGGUAACCCCUCAGUCUUGCACCGAAGACUCAAAUCUCAGCGCUCUCUCCUACCACUCAAAUCUGAGUCUUGUUAAAAUUCCAAAACCCGAGAAGGAGCAAGUGUCAGACUUUUUGAUCGCAGUCUCCCCAGUUUCUGACUGGCCUGUACCAAGUGAGCAAAACAACCAUUGCGUUAACGUGGCAAAGAAGGUGGACUUUGUCAUAGCGUACACAGACAGAGGAGAACUGGCAGAAGCGACCGUGAAUGUACUUUUAGCUGAUGUUAAAAUGGAGCAGUUGCUGCAGCAGGUUCACUCAGUACAAUUCAAGCUGGUGACAUCUAGCCAGUCUACACGACAACCGACCCCCACAGUUGGACUACGGGUGGGAGCUGCGGUUAUCGGUCGCUUUAAUGGAGCAGCUGAACCUGUGACCAUAAUGGGGGUGUCUCCAGGCGGCGCGUGUUCCUCUCGCCUCAGCGCGCGGGCAAUCAUCCCCUUUGCACACAACACCAUCACAGGCUGCACAUUAAGAUCUUCUUCUGAGGACUGUUUAGAAAUGCGUUCUCUGAUUUACGACAUCUUGCGAGGAACAGCCAUCCCUGAUGUCAUGGCCAUGAACUCAGGCUCCGAGCCUGACUGGACGAGAGUCCUUAAGCAGGAGUGUCUUGUCAACUCGGAGGAAACAUGUGAUUCAGGCUGCACCCUUCCAUACCGUCUCUCUGUGCAAGUGCUAUGGGCUCACAUGGGCCUCCUGCAUCUUCCUCAAAGUUACAUUCUGGGAGCUAAAUAUCUUUUCCAGUGUCGCAAGUUCAAGUGUCCUCUGGUGUCACCUGUCACGCUAACCACUGAGGUGGCAUUUGCUGACAUGACAGUUUACCCUAAACCCUUCCAGGGCUUAGAGUAAAUUUAAAGGACAUCUAAGUUUAAUGCUGCUCAAUGUCAGGUCAGAAUUUUUUACCCGGUAAGUGGAUCAUAGACGAAGAGGUUAUUUUUUUUCAUCAAGUUUAAAUCCUGCAGACCCCAAUUAUACAAAUUAAAUUUAGUGAAUGUACACUAAAAGAGAAAACGUCAAGAGAAAAACUACACGUGAUUGUUUGUGUGGUCUCAAAAUAUGAUCAUUUAUUUGUGAACAUUUUAAGUAUGAGCAUCUCAGGUGAAUAUGUGUAAAUAUUUUUUCAUACAAAGCUUUUUCUUCACUCCUUUUGGUGGGGUUAGCUCCUCUGCAUUCUUUUCAGCUUCCUGUCCGAGUGUCGAACAUAGUUGAAAAGGUUAACGAUCGCAGCCGGAGUUAUUCCUUGCAAACGUGUUGCAGCACCCAACUGGGAAUCACAGUGUACUGCUUUAUUACAUACUACAAAAUACAUUAUAAGGACAAGUUUGGCACUGAGUCCGGACUCACUGUGGUGGGCCGAACUCUGUCCAAAAUCUCUCGGACUUCCUGAGAGAGAGACACCGGCAGAGAGAAGUAGUCCAAGUCCUGUGGGAGAGACAUGCUCUCUUCCUUUUGAAUUCUCUCCAUUUCCUUUUGCUGGUAGAUACAGAGGGGCCUGUACACAGCUGCACAGGAGACAUUGCCAAAGAACAUUAUGAUGUUCAGUUGUAAAAAAAACAUGUUUAUUUAUUUUUGUGAGGCAAAAUGUACCUUACUGAUGGUUACAUUAAUAAUCAAGUGUAAUAUUCAAGAAAAUCUGACAAAACAUCCCACUUUGCCUUGAUUCACUAUUGUUGUUUUAUUGUUUUUUCCACUAAUUACUUUCUUCAUGAUUAUGAUAAUAUGACUACACUUAAGGGCUACAGCAGGGAUAUUAAACUAAAUUGUUUUGGGGGCCACACUUCCAGGAAGAGAUGGACCGGGGGCCGGACUUCUACCUUCACUAUUAGUCUUAUUUUGUAUAUUAGGGAGAACCAGCGUCCUCUACAGUAGACAUUGGAUUUUGGCCGCUUUGUCAGAGUUACAGGAGCACUUUUGCAGUUUUAAGGACAUUCUGCAAAAAAGUAAGUCAAAAAUCAUGUCUAUGACAACACUUUACUGUUUUUAAGAAUCUGCUGCAAAAAUGUGAGUAUUUUAUAAGUGUUUUUUUUAACUGGACGCGGUCCAUCAGUUGAGUAGCCCAAAUUAUGAAAAAGAGAAAAUUGAAUUUUGAGGAACACCACUAGCAUAACUAAAUAAGUUGGACAAAUAACUACUGACUGCAUCUGAAGUAAACAAACUACAGCAACACCUUAGUUAUAUAAAUCAAAUUACAAAAAAAAAGUAACUGUUAAAAAAGAGAGGAUUUUGAAGGGGUGCCUUGAGGAACGCCUCAGUUAUAUAAAUAAGAAGUUUGGACCACAGUGUUUGCUAGCAAUGAUCUGCCAUUGUGUUUACAGUGGUCCAAGUUCCUCUAUACAACAAUAGCACUUGAGUGUUUUUAGGAAUUUACUGCAAAAAUGUUUGUCUCACAAGUUUUGUGCUAGACUUGGGGGCCAGUAUGGUGACAUUCCCGGGCCGCCAGUAGAAGAGCCCUGGGCUAUGGUGUCACCUGCUACUUUGGCAAAAUGUGUUUUCAUGUGGACAUUGGGAUAUUUACUAUCUAAAUGAGGCAGUUAUUGUGACAGUUGUUCUCUAUUGUGGUGUUACGCUUUGGUGGUGCAUAGUAAUUAUAAGGCAGCAUCAGCAGGAUGUUGUCAUUGUCGAGCAUUGCAUAGCCAGUGGAUUAUUUGGGCUUGUCACCUUCUAUCUUCAGCCUUUGUGCAAAUUCCCUGUACGCUGAAAGGCAUUCUGGAAAGACGGCCGCUAACGUUUCAAAGGACACGUCGUUGUACUGUAACAGCUCUGAGCCACUGAAAGAGAAACGCUAUACCUGAGGACAUAAAACUUGACCACAAACACACUUUUAUGUAAUUCUAAGAAGUUGUAAAACUUGCGUCAGAAUGCCAGUCUUCGUCUCACUGAUGGGCACAUGUGGAAGCUUGUGUCUCCAGUUGAUGAUGGACAUGGAGACAUCCUGGAGAGCUGCUAUUGCUUCCUGAAGACUGUCCCGCACUCGCACAGUCCCCUUGUACCGCAUGGAUGACACACAUCCCACCUCCUCAAAACCUAAACAUGGAGAAAUAUGCAAUCAUCACUUUCAAAGAGUACUGCAAACAUGUUUACCUUUCAGCGUUAGGCGCAAGUCUGCGUUGUCCGGCCUUAGAGACGUGCGAAACUCAGCCCGACUUGUGAACAUCCUGUAAGGUUCCGUGACACCUCGCGUUACCAGGUCGUCGAUAAGAACGCCAAUGUAGCUAUUAGUCCGAGACAGCGCCAUUGUUGGCAUGGAGAGCGCCGCACGGGCAGCGUUGACCCCCGCCCACAAGCCCUGCAUAAGACAGUGAGCAAGGUUUUAGCACCUAUGCAGAAAAAAAACGUUAAAUGUACCUACCUGUGCUGCAGCCUCCUCGUACCCUGUGGUCCCGUUAAUCUGCCCGGCGAGAAAGAGACCCUGAGUGCUUUUCACCUGCAGUGCAGGGCUCAGCUGAGUGGGGCACACAAAGUCAUACUGCACGCCAUAACCUGCAUGGGUCCAAUGUAACAAAAUUCCAUCUCAAACGACACAUUAUUGAGUUGGUAAUAGAAAGCCCCUAUAUCAAGUCAUGUACCAGGUGUCUGGAUUUCGGCUCUGCGCAAGGCCGGGAUCUCUCUGAUGAGGCGGAGUUGAAUGUCAGGGGGCAUAGUCAUAGACAGACCCUGAGGGUAUAUGAGGUCAGAGGUCAUGCCUUCAGGCUCCAGCCACACCUGAUGCCUGCGGCCCGGAAAGCGAAGUACUCUGGACUCAAUUGAGGGACAGUACCUAAAGAGACAAAUAGACAAGGAGGUUUUAUUACGGUACCUCGAUUUACGAAUCCUUCUACUUGCGGACUUUGAUUUCCAAACUUUUAGAUGGAGCCUAAAAUGCCUUUGUGUGCGAACCAUGUCUCUGUGUACGUACGCUUCAUUCAUUUUGUGUCCAGCCUGCAGGCAAAAAGCAGGGCGCAGCAUUUUCGAGGAGGCGGACCCUCCACUUCACUUGCUGUGCAGUAUACUACUAGUCACUUCUCAGCGCUUCAGCGUGUGUGCUAUUUCUGAGUUUUUUUCGCCUUUUGAUAGGUUUUGUCCAUUUUGCUAAUUCAAUAUGAGUGCCAAAAAGACAACAGACGAGCAUGGAAGGAGGAUGGAAUCACAAUGGAGUUGAAAAAAAUACUAUUUGCGAGGAGUGCAAGUAAGAAAGACUCGACAGAAAGUUUAAUUGUGAUGAGCUAGGACCUUUAUCGAAAAAAUGCCAAAGCAGACUUAUCACUGCGGCGGAGAAAAACUACAGCACCGCUGAACUAGAGGUAGCUCUUCAAAGGCAUACAGACGCACACAUCGCCCCUCCCCCCAAAGCCCUCCAGUCUCUCCCGCUAUCUGCUCCUUUCUUGUUAGCUCCCCUUUGCUAAUGUUUAUGUAAUUGGAUUUUACUUUUAUAAAUCUUAAUCAUUGCAGCAAUAUAAGUUAAGGAUUUUGUGUUAUUUGACCAUUUGUGAGGGCACCAAAGGGACGUCUGUGUGGUUGUGUGCGCAUGUUGGCAGAGCAGCGCAUACAGAGAUUAGCAGCUUGUUGUAUUGGCUCGUUAAUAAAGAUAAAAGUUGAUCCAUCACCCCCUUAUUGUGUUUCUUACUGUGUUGCACUUAAUAGUGUGCUCAAAAUGUACAAACCUUCACACUGUGGGGUCGGAUAUCAAAUUCAGAUUUUUUUUGGUCAAAUUUCAUCUUUUUAGUGUCAGUUCACAUUACAAAAAUAAAUAGAUUUCUAAUGUGAAUGCAAUCUGACCUGCAUGCAGACAUGACGUCAUGACUUCGCACGCACUCCACUCUCGUGAGUCUCAGUACUGGCGCAUUGAAGGAUUUUGUGCGAUCAAACUCAACGUUUUCUGAACGUAAUUAUUGCACGUGGAAGAUUAAGAAGGAAGAGGACAAGUUUUAUGGCUCUGGCAGUUUUAGGGAAUAUUUUGCUUCAAUGUUUGCUUGAAAAGUCUGUCUGUGGGCGAGUGAGUGAUUGAGUGGUCAAGUAUGUCCAGCAGACCUGAACCCAAUAGAGCACAUGAGGGGCAUCCUCAAGCAGAAAGAGGAGCGCAAGGUAUCUAACAUGGCUGUAUGUUAUUUCGGUAACAGUAAUUAUAUAUUGUUUUCGAGGCUGUACACUGACCACACUUAUAUUAUAUCCCAGCAUCAUUUCUAGAGUUUGUACCUUGAGAAGUUGAUAUAUAGUAGUAAAUACAGUGGAACCUCAAUUUACAAACCCCUCAUUGUACAAACUUCCAAUUACAAACCACAGACCGAAUAAUUAUUUUUUUGUUGCCAUUUUAACAUUUUUCUUAUUUUGCUAUCUCAAUAUGAGUAAAGAAAGCAAAGAACAAGUGAAGUGUGGUUUGAAACAUUCAGGAAGUAUCCACAGCAUUGUCAACACUGCCUUUCUCCCCCACACUCCUCGCUAAGCAAAGAAGAUAAACAUCAACGUAAAGUGGAUUUAAUUUUUUAUUCCUAAUCAAUGUACCGAACGGGAUGUAAAAGUUAGGGAGUUUUGUGAUUUCAAACUGAAUGCAUCACAAAGCUAGUGAUUGUGUGUGCGUGCGUGCUGUCAGGGCAGCUACAAAUGAGCCCUUCACAGCUCAGCUAAAUGUUGUUUUGACUUUGCUAUUAAAUAGUUGAUCCAUCACCUCCUUGUUAUGUUUGUUUAAUAUAAAACACUGUAUAUAAUGCUUUAUAUUGUUUUCAAAGUGUAUACACUUUUUCUAAAAUAUGGAAUUUUGUUGAGGCUGAAACCAAUUAUUCAUGUUACAUUGUUAUUAUGGAGAAAUUUGCUUCAAUAUACACACUUUUCUAUUAACGAACCCUGUUGAAGAACUAAUUAAAUUCUUAUGUCGAGGUUCCACUGUAAUUACAAUAAUAUUAUAUAAUGAUUGCUGGAAUGUGCUGGAUGUACAACUUUAUGUGUGAUAUUGUACAUUGCCAAUCAAAAAUGAAUAUUCUAUAACAACCGAGUACCUGGGGCCUUUGGUGUCUUGCUGUAUGUGACAGUUGAGAUGAACACUCUCCCUCACCACGUUAUCCACACCAGGAUUGGUAAAGGUCAAAAAGCAUGGCAGCUGCUCCUCAGGCUAAUGAAAGUUCAAUAAUAUACAACAUCAGACAAAGACAUUUUAAUAAUUAGCAGUGCCGUAUUCAAAGUACCUUGCAGUGAGUGUGUGUAUUCAGGAAGCUGAAGGGACUAGGCUGACUGUCAGGGGGGUGCAGCGUAGCCUCAUGGAAGUCAACAGAACUCUUCACAAUUCUGGGAGGGGUCCCCGUCCUGAGUCGGCCCAGCUUUAGCCCCAGCCGUUCCCGCAGCGUGUAGGACAUCCCGGUGCUGGACGGGGCAUCUCCAAUCCGGCCUCCAGGGGAUGUGGUCUGACCCAUGAAGAGGGAACCGGAGAGGAACGUACCAGUGGUAAGAACCACAGAGCCAGCAGAGAUUGGAAGGCUUCCACCAGCUCACACAAGGAAAGAAAUAAACUUACACGUGUUCAUUGAAACAACUCAAUUUGAUGUGUUUGCUACCCAAGCGUAUUCCUGUGACUUUGUGCUGUCCGUGCUCUUCUGGGUUUGGUUCUGUCACAAGAAGCUCCUCUACAGAUCCCUCCAGAAUCGUCAGUCCGGGAGUGGAUAGCAGCUCUGACUACAGGCGGAGAACACGAUUACGGUGAUCAAUUACUUAAUUCACUCAUCGCCUGUUGUGGUUUCUAAUGGUGUGUGUCUAAUGCAGUCCUCAAAUAGUGGGGCAGGCACAGUGCAAUGCCAGGAGGGGCGCUUGUGACCUCAGAGAACAUGCUUUUUACCGUACCAGAAUAUAAUGGAAGCAUAUGUAGCACUUGGCUUCACUGUAACCACGGUGGGAGAUGAGGAAAGACUGAUGUGUCGUUUCCUUUAAUGGUAAUAAGCUUACAAUUUUAUGCAGAGGUAUAGUUAUUACAAUUUUAUAGACAAAUUAUACUAUUUAUAGUCACGGUAGAGAGUGGAGUGACGCAAAAUAUUUUCUUCUUCCUUGGGUGUAACAGAAAAUAUUUGAGAAGCACUGCUGUAAUGGCAGAAGCU